AUGGCGGAGUGUGAAAUCCAGAAGAUAGAUCCAGAGACAGAGUUUCUAUCAUCAAAGAGAGAAACCGGAAACGAAUGGGAAAUCUUCAAAGAAAACGUCAGACCGUUGAAACGAGGCCGAAAUGUUAACAUUCUCAAUCUCGCUCUCAAGUCUCAGACCGAUAACCACCUCAAGAAAUCCCUAAUUCACCAGCGAAGAAAAUUUGUCGAAACAAUCCAUGAUUACAAAGGCCAAGAUCCUCUUUUCCCUUGGAUACAGUGUAUGAAGUGGGUUCAGGAAGCGUUUCCUCCGGGUGGAGAUAGCUCGGGUUUGGUGGUGAUUUAUGAGCAAUGUGUGCGUGCUUUUUGGCAUUCGGAACAGUAUAAGGAUGAUUUGCGCUAUCUCAAAGUGUGGCUUGAAUAUGCAGAUAAUUGUUAUGAUAAGGAGGUUAUAUAUGGUUUUCUGGAUGCAAAUGGAAUUGGAAAAACUCAUUCUGAUUUCUACAUUUCAUAUGCUUUGCAUUUGGAAUCUAAGAACAAGUUUAAAGCUGCUAACCAGAUAUUUGAACUUGGUGUAUCUAGGAAUGCUCAACCCAUUGAAAAAUUGAAAGCUGCUUACAGAAAAUUUCUUGUACGCUCAAUGUCAAGGACUAAUGCUAUAGAUGAACCGCUGGAAAAACAGGCACCUGUGCGUAGCUUUGGAACUCUUCUUGCCAAAGGAGAAAACAGUAACAGGUUGACCUCUUUGAACAGUGAUCGUUCUUCUAAAAAUGAUAGGACUCGAGCAGCUCCACUUUCCAUUUAUAAAGAUUCAAAUGCCGGUGGUGAGGCUUCCUCACGUCAGCCAGACAUGUCACACUCUUGGCGCAACCUUGGAGCUCGAGCUGAACGAAACAAGGAAAACAACGCAAUUCCUGCCAAAUGGAAAUCGUACAAGGUUCCACAGCGACCGGGGACUAGAACUGCAGUGGCAAGUGCAAGUGCCUGCAUUCCGGUGUUCGUUGAUGAAGAAUGUCAAGGUUCACCGAGUAUGAAAGCAGAGGGUAAGGGUAAGUCCAAAAGUUUGAAGAUUAGGCAAGAAGACGAAAAGGACUUAAAAAGAGAAGCAGAGUUACUAAGGAAGAAUCCCUUACGCAACUUUCCACAUACCAGCCUCCCCAGAUAA